UCAGUGUGAGGUACAUGGAUCCGGCAAAUAGUGAGAUGUCAAGUGAGCUGCUUCAAGCUCAAGCUCAUGUCUGGAACCACAUAUUCAAUUUCGUCAACUCUAUGUCACUGAAAUGUGCUAUUGAACUAGGCAUCCCAGACAUCAUCCACAACCAUGGCAAGCCCAUGACUCUUCCCGAGCUGGUUGCUAAGCUCCCAGUCCACCCAAAAAAGACCCAGUACGUGUACCGUCUCAUGCGUGUUCUUGUUCAAUCUGACUUCUUCGCUGCGCAAAGAGCCCAACAGAGUGAGGAAGAAGAGGGGUAUGUGCUUACGCAUGCCUCUCGGCUCCUCCUAAAGGAUGACUCCUUGAGCGUAAGGCCCUUCUUGCUUGCCAUGCUCGACCCAACUUUAACUAAACCAUGGCAUUAUGUGAGUGCUUGGUUUCAAAACGAUGAUCCCACUCCGUUUGACACUGCGAACGAGCGGACAUUAUGGGAUUAUGCUGGCCAUGAACCUCAGCUCAACUAUUUCUUCAACGAAGCCAUGGCUAGUGAUGCUCGCUUAGUCACUAGCGUGCUGGUUAAGGAGGGCAAGGGCGUAUUUGAAGGGUUGAAUUCAUUAGUUGAUGUAGGGGGUGGCACGGGAACAGUGGCUAAGGCCAUUGCCAACGCUUUCCCACAGUUGAACUGCACUGUGUUAGAUCUCCCCCAUGUGGUUGCUGGCUUGCAAGGGAGCAAGAACUUGAACUACUUCGCCGGGGAUAUGUUUGAGGCAAUUCCUCCUGCAGAUGCAAUUUUACUCAAGUGGAUAUUGCAUGACUGGAGCGAUGAGGAAUGCGUGAAAAUACUAAAGCGAUGCAGGGAAGCAAUUCCGAGCAAGGAAAAGGGAGGAAAGGUGAUUAUCAUAGACAUGAUGAUGAAGAACCAGAAAGAAGACUGCAAGUCCAGGGAAACACAGCUGUUCUUCGAUAUGCUGAUGAUGGUUUUGGUCACGGGUAAAGAGAGGGAGGAGAAAGAAUGGGAGAAGCUUUUCUUGGAUGCUGGUUUCAGUCACUACAAGAUAACACCCAUUUUGGGUUUGAGGUCGCUCAUCGAGGUUUAUCCUUGAUGUUGUAAUUGCAGCUAAUAUGGAAAAUCUAAGGGGAUGGAAUUAAUAAAAUCUGCUGAAAAAGAUAAAAAUUAAUUAGGGUGGUUCUAUUCGGAUUAUUUGGGCAUAAGAAAUAUAUGUUGUAUGGAUUUCAGUUAUAAUAUUUGUUAAGCUAUGAAUUUCUUCAUA